AUGUCGACCAACGGCCAAGCAAGCAAGCCCGCCGGCGUACAGCGUCUUCGCGAGAUGCUCUCCGAUCCAUCGAAAACAGUCGUAGGCCCAGGUGUCUACGAUGGCAUAACCGCUCGCCUGGCCCUUGCUGCCGGCUUCGAAUGCCUCUACAUGACAGGAGCAGGCACCAGUAUGUCACGCCUAGGCAUGGCAGAUCUCGGUCUCGCGACCUUCAACGAUAUGCACCAGAACGCUGCGAUGAUUGCGUCGAUAAAUCCAUCAGUCCCUGUAAUCGCAGAUGCUGACACUGGAUACGGUGGACCCAUCAAUAUCGCGAGGACGGUGCAGGCUUAUGCCAGAGCGGGGGUUGCGGGCUUGCACAUCGAGGAUCAAGUGCAGGAGAAGAGAUGCGGUCACCUUUCAGGUAAGCUGCUAGUGAGUCGGGAGGUAUACUUCAACAGGUUGCGCGCAGCUUGUAGGGCGAGGGACGAAAGUCGGGACGAUACUUUGAUCAUCGCAAGGACGGACGCGAGAGCUGGCAAAGAUACCGAAGGAAAUGGCGGAUUUGAUGAAGCAAUCGAGAGGCUCAAGGGUGCGGCUGACAUUGGUGUUGAUGCGCUGUUUUUCGAGGCAAUCCAGGAUUUGGAUGAGGCGAAGGAGGUCAUCAAGAGGUUGCCGAACAUUCCAGUCCUGCUCAACAUGGUGCAAGGUGGAAGAACGCCGCAGGUCAGCAACGACGAAGCCAACAAGAUGGGCUUCAGGAUCGUGAUCUGGCCAUGCUUGGGAAUGGAGGCCGUGGUCCCGGCCUUCACCAAAUCGCUGGAAGCCUUGAAGACGACUGGACAGCCGCCUUCAGACCAGAAGAUGGGACCGAGAGCUUUGUUUGAGACCUGUGGGCUGAAAGAUCUGAUGGCAUUUGACGAGAGUGUGGGCGGACAGGCAUACCAAUAG